GAACCAUUCAUAGUCCACACAAAAAUACCAAUAAAAGAAUUACACUAAGCAUUUGAUAUAAAAUUCAUGAUUUCAGAAGUUGAAUUCAGUUCGCAUUUGUUUUAAAUCAAUAUUGGUUAAAUAUUUAUAUUUAUAUCAAAAAUACUUAAACAACGCACAUCGAUGUUCUACAUGCAAGUGCCACCUCUAUUGAACAUACCUCAAACCAAUUACCUUAAUAUUUAUGGAAAAAAAUUUGCUUCGACAAGAUGAGUGAAGUGGAAAACAAACGCGGUCCAAAACAUAUGCGGCUUCGCUACUACACAUCAUACGAGGAAGCCUCCGUGUUGAAACUGUGGCGCGAACAUCUCAACGAAAUCACAUCUUACACCGAAAACUUACAAAUUUUUCGCGAGAUUGCCUUUGGUUUACAGCAGCAUCGAAUCAGAUUAAACAAACAAGAAGUUCGGCGUCGCAUUAGUAGCUAUAGGAACAAGUAUUUAAUUGAGCGGAGUCGAUUAGAGAGCGACCCGGAGUAUAAGUCACAUUGGCGCCUUUAUCCGCUCAUUAGCAGCCUCUUCCCUUCCACGACACAAGAAUCCAUAAUUCUUCCGGAGUACAGCGCCUUGGGUGCUAUAGAGGCAAAAGUGCGCAGCGAACUUCCCAGCCUUCCCCGCUUUCAGCGGCACGACUGCAAGACAAUGAAGUUCGAACAAGAUGUUGACGGAUGUCCCUUUAUGGUGGGUCAAUUUAUUAAACCGGAGAUGUUGCCGCAGUCCACGCCGUCGAAAUUAUUUUCUAUUAAGACGGAGGAGAAAACCUGCGAUGAAAUAGAAGAUAUGCGGUCUUCGCCUGAGAAACGCAUCCCGUUUGUGAGCACAUUCGAAUACGCUGGAUCAGCUCGUCGAAUCCGACGCCGCAGUAUAAUGCCGCGGACUGGUCAGAUAACUAUGGCGCAAAUCCAAAUGUUGCGCCAGGAGAAUGAUUUACUAGUCGAGCAACGCGACGCUCAUCUAGCGGACCUUCAACUAAAGGAACGUCAAUAUCAGAAUUUAGAGCAGACAUUUGAUUUCUGGUUGCAUCAGCAGGAAACCUGGAUGAUCUUCUUAGAUGAUAGGGAUUUACAAAAGCCAUAAUUCAUCAUAAUUGAUGGAAAAUAAAAAGCUUUAUUUUUUAUAUUU